AUAAUUUUAGAUUAGUUGUGUUGUAACGCAAUCUGAUUAAGUGUGGAAAAUAUAUGUGGUCGUAGUUUUUAUUAAAAGUUGGCAUUUGUGAAGUUAACAAGAUGAAUGAAAUGCCACCAGAAGUAGCAAAAUUAUGUCAUGAUGUUCUGCAAGAAAUCACCCAGAACAUCCGUCUCAUGAUGGAAGAGCUCUGGCAAAGCUGGUCGCAUCUGGGUGUGGAUGACCAAACAAAAAUCAGUUACAUCACUGAGCUUGUUCCGAUUGAGAAAGAGUUCCAUCGAGAUGUGAUCUCUGAGACCCGACAGAAAAUAAAGGCUAUGGAGGAAACUAUUAGUAAACUAAAAGAAGAAGCAGAAGAGCUGAGUAAAUACCUAGCAAUGGAUAUCACAGUACUUGAGUUCAAAGAUAACAUGAUGAUGAUUGAGUACAAGGAUGAGUUGGAAAAGCAAAUUGCAGGAUAUAGAGAUCAAGUACGAGAAAGAAAAAUGAAGAUGGAGCGUCUCCUGGAAUGGCAACGUGACCUAGUUGACAAACUGGGCGUUACUAUCCAUGAGCUGCAGGAUAUUCCUCUGCCCUCUGAAGAGGAUCUCGAUAAGUUCAAAAAUCACCUCACUGUGCUGCAAGCAGAGAGAGACAAGAGGGCUGAGAUUUUUCUUAAUACACAAGUUGAGGUUAAGGAUAUUAUGGAACACCUUCAGAUCAAGCCUCAGAAUAAAUUCGAGAAUAUAGUGGUGAGCUCCCUGUCUGUGGACUUCAAAGUGACUGACCUCAACAUGGAUCGACUGGCCAAGCUACGCCAGGACUUGCAGGAGAAAUUCCAACAGACUAACAACAGGGUAUUGGAGCUACGUGAGCGUUUAUCAAAGCUAUGGGAUUGCCUAGAAGAGGACCAGAUUUACCGCGACAAUUUCUUGCAAGCGCAUAAGGGCUGCAAUCCACAGACUGAAGCUGCCAUCAAAGAGGAGAUUAAGCGGUGUGACCAAAUCAAAAGGCAGAAGAUUCAGGUGUUCGUAGCGAAUGUCCGCACUAAGAUAAAGCUGAUGUGGGACAAUGUGAUGUACUCACAAAAACAGCGCGAAGAAUUCGUUCAUUAUUAUCAAGACAUAUUCACUGAAGACACUCUCACACUUCAUGAGUUGUAUUUCGACAAGAUUACCAGCUAUUAUAAUGAGCACAAAUGUAUCUUCGAAUUGGUCCUGACACGCAAGAAUCUUUGGCUAAAGAUGACUGAGUUGGAAGCUCGCGCUUCGGAACCUGGGCGUUAUCACAACCGUGGAGGGCAGUUGCUAAGAGAGGAGAAGGAAAGGAAAUCGAUAGCUAAUAAGUUGCCUAAAAUCGAAGAACAAUUGCGUGAGUUAGUGACAGAGUAUGAGGCGAAAACUGGUAACACUUUUACAGUCGACGGCAAACCUCUAUUGCAACUCAUGACUGACGAAUGGGAGACCAGAAAAGCGGAGCGUCACAACAAGUUGUCGGCCCGCAAACAGGCGUUAACCCCUACGACGCCGCUGUUCCGCUCGAUGGCGACGUCACCACUGGGCAAACGCAACCGUACCGCCGCCGGCCUCGCCGCUUCUGAACAGAAGAACAGGCCGCCGGCAAAGCGCCAGUUGAUCACGGGCAGCGCUACGAAGGCCGUAACCACGUUCGCCAACAACCUUUCGGCGCUGAAGCGAUCCGCUGUAACUACAGUUAAGAGGCGUGUUAGCGGUCGUCUGGCAGCACGAGCCGUGGCCGAAGGCAAAGGCGAUUACGUAAAGCGAAAACUGGACUACAACGGUCUUGUUAAGACUCCAAAAGUCAAUGGCAGCAUUCUCAAACAUAAACGAAGGUCCCACGGCAGCAAGCGGCGCAGCAGCAGCAGUCGCAUGUCGGUGAGCACGGCGCCAUCUACAGAAUCCCGGGGUGAAAACGUCAACAAGGAUCCCCUCAUGGAGACCACUAUGCUCACAACUUAUACUGAUUUUAAGGACUGUAUAAACGAGAAGCAGAUCAGUCGCAGUUCAAUGGCUACUGCAAAAGAAAUCAUUCCCACGUUAAACGUUUGUCCCGUGUUAACAGAAGUGAAAACUCCUAAGAACACCCCAAAAAAAACUCCGAGGAAAAAUUUCGCCGUGACGUCUAAACUAGCUAAGGAGAAUAUUCCCAGUAUAAAUAUUAUGCCUAUGACUCCGAAGGGAGACCUGUUGACUACACCUAACAGGUUGACUCGAUCGCAAAUUAAGCUCAAUAACAAUGGCUUUGCCACGCCACGAGCUCCUUUAAGUGCUCACAAGCCUUUAUCCCGUCAGAAUACGGUCGCAACAUUGAAUACUCCACCUAACAAGUCACCCCAAAAUGUCAGUCGCUCCAAAUCCCAUACGCAUCUGUUCAAAGUAAAAAACCUGCCGCCAAUUAUCUGAUAAACUAUUUAUUCUCAAACCGAAAUUGUAUAUUAUAAUAUUUGAGUUCAAAUUGUAUAUCUAAUAUUUUGUUUUGAUUCCGUGGUUAGGUUUUAGACAAACAAUGUGUUGAAUGUACGAAAUGUGACCUUAAAACUAUAUUUCUAUUGACAACAAACCCAAUGCAGUUAACAAAUAUGACUUCUACCCUUAUACAUAGUAUAAAAGUACUAUCGCGGACACGGAUUUUUAAAUUCUUGUGUAAAGUAUAGCUGUUGCCACCUAUUAUUGUUCAAUUUGUAAAGAUGUUAAAAAUUUGUUUUCAAUAGCGCUACCGUUGAAAUAGAGGGCAAUUUAGAAUCCCUACCCGCCGGUUAGCAUUAUAUGUAAAUCAUAAAUGGUGAGUCUAAAGGAAGGUAAAAAUGACAGAAAGCAUGGUUUACUCUAACGGCGCUUGUACAGUCUAUAUGACGAGUGCUCGUGUCCGCGACAGUCCAGUUAUUUUUCGGAGUUUGAGAUGUUGAUAUGUAUAUUAUAAUGUCUAAUUUGCAAUACCUAAUGGA